AGGAAGUGCAGUUGGAUUCCACAACACAGAGGAGGACUCACUUGUCCGUACAUGUCUGAGCUACAGAGUGUAUAAAUAAGCUAGAGAAAGUUGUGUGUUUGUGUUAGUCCUGCCGGUUUGGAAACAUGACAGACAUUUUGUUAAAGAUAAAAAACAGCGUGGCGGACAAGAAGAAGACGGCUGUGACGCAGAGUGACGUACAGAAGUGGGGUUUAAAAGGGAUACAGCUGAGACCCUACCAGCUGGAUGGUGUGCAGUGGUUAACUCAGUGCCUGAAGAACCAGCAGGGAUGCAUUUUAGGAGACGAGAUGGGUUUGGGGAAAACCUGUCAGACGAUCUCUCUGCUGGUGUACAUGUCAGGAGCUCUGGGGAAGAAAGGUCCGUUUUUGAUUCUGAGCCCGCUCUCUGUCAUGGAGAACUGGAGAAAGGAGCUGAAAUGCUUCGCCCCCUCUCUGACUGUGCUGGGUUACAAAGGAGACAAAGAGAGACGGGCUGAGCUUCAGAGAGAAACGGACACACAAGAGUUUAAUGUUCUGCUCACCACGUAUGAGCUGUGUCUCAGAGAUGCUUCAUUCUUGAAACGGUGGAGGUGGCAGGUGCUGGUGGUUGAUGAAGCUCACAGACUGAAGAAUCAGAAUUCACUGUUGCACAAAGUCUUGACACAGUUCUCAGUUGGUUUCAGAGUCCUGCUGACGGGGACGCCCAUCCAGAACAACCUGCAGGAACUCUACUCUCUGCUGAGCUUCAUUCAGCCCAGCAUCUUCACAGCUGAUGACUCGGACAACUUUGCCAACGCUUACUCCAACGUGAAAAGUCAACCUGCUCUUGCUGCUGAGCUGCAGAGCAUCCUGGAGCCCUUCCUGCUUCGUAGAGUCAAGUCAGAAGUGGCUGUCGAUCUGCCAAAGAAGACUGAACUGCUGGUGUAUCAUGGCAUGUCGGCUCUGCAGAAAAAAUACUACAAAGCCAUUCUGAUGAAGGAUCUGGAGGCUUUUGGAAAUGACCAGGGAAACAAGAACCGGCUGCUGAACAUCUUGAUGAACUUGAGGAAGUGUGUUGACCACCCGUACCUGUUUGAUGGGGUGGAACCAGAGCCUUUUGAGAUGGGGGAGCAUCUCGUUGAAGCCAGUGGGAAACUUUGCCUUUUGGACAGCAUGCUGACUUUCCUUCACAAAGGCGGCCAUCGGGUCCUGCUGUUCUCUCAGAUGACGAGGAUGCUGGACAUACUUCAGGAUUACAUGGAGUACAGAGAUUACAGCUAUGAACGUCUGGACGGGUCUGUCCGAGGGGAGGAAAGAAAUCUGGCAGUGAAGAACUUCAGCAGCAAAGAUAUCUUUGUCUUUCUGCUCAGCACUAAAGCAGGUGGAGUGGGCCUGAACCUCACAGCAGCUGACACUGUCAUUUUUAUGGACAGUGACUUCAACCCUCAAAACGACCUGCAGGCUGCUGCACGCUGCCAUCGGAUUGGUCAGAACAGGCCGGUGAAAGUGAUUCGCCUUCUGGCAAGAGACACUGUGGAGGAAAUCAUGUAUUCUCGUGCUGUAUCCAAGUUGCACCUCACCAACACUGUUAUUGAAGAGGGACGCUUCUCUUUGCUGGACCAGGCUCAGUCAGCUGCUGCAGGACUGCAGCUCAGUGAGAUCUUGAAGUUUGGAGUAGAUAAGCUUUUGUCUUCGGAGGAGAGCUCUGUACAGGAUGUGAAACUGGAGAAGAUCCUCGGUCCAUCACGUGGCGGUCAGUGGGUGGAUGAAGACUUCACCUCUCUCAGAGAAGGGGAGGAGGAGGAAGAGAACGGCUCUGAAUCUGACGCCCAGAACCACAUGUACUACUUUGAGGGGAAGGACUACAGUAAGGACCCCAGCUCUGAGGACCAGACCAGCUUUGACCGUUUGUUGGAGGAGCAGCUGGCCGAGUUCCAGAAAACUGCAGGAGAGGGACGAGCUCUGAGACACAAAGCUGGAUUUUCCCUGUCAGUAGCCUUUGGGAUUCCCACAAGGAAGAGGAAACCUCUCACUGAGGCCGAGCUGGAGAUGCGACGCCAGAGACGAGAGGAGGCUGCAGCCAAGAGAGCCAAAACUCAGGAGGAAGCAAAGAAAAAGCAGCAAGAGCAGAAACACAAGAAAAAAAUGGCGUGGUGGGAGUCUUGCGGCUACAGAACGUCCUGCCUGCCAUCUGUGGACAGCGAGGAGGACGAAGAAGACGAAGAGGAUGAUAGCAGCGUAUGCUCCACUGACUCUGACAGCACGGCCAUCAACUAUGUUCUGGGGGAUGUUACUCAUCCUCACACCGCUCAGGGAGACGCUAUUAUCGUCCACUGUGUUGAUGACUCAGGUCGGUGGGGCCGGGGAGGCUUGUUUACUGCGCUUGAGGUAAGAUCAGAUGAACCACGGAAGAAGUAUGAGUUGGCUGGCAAGAUGAAAGAUUUGGACCUUGGACAUGUGCUGCUCUUCCCCAUCGAUGACAAACAGUCCAGAUUAAGUGGCCAGGAUCAAUUGGCCCUGAUCGUAGCACAGCAGCGAGACAGAGCGAACAACUUGUCUGGCAUCUUUCUAACUGCUCUUGACGAAGGUCUGAAGAAGAUUUACGCUGCAGCUAAAAGAAACAAAGCAAGUGUCCAUCUUCCUCGCAUCGGCCACUCCACCAAAGGCUUCAACUGGUACGGCACAGAGAGGCUCAUCAGGAAACACCUGGCCUCCAGAGGCAUCCCCACAUUCAUAUACUAUCACAGCAGAGCAGCAAAGAAAACAGUUCCACCUCAGGCAUCCACCUCUGCGACCUCAGCAUCAACAUCCUCCCCCGAACCGCAGCCGCACAACCCAGACAGGCUGAGUGAAGACGAGACAGAAACAGAAACCUCCGGCCCCUCGACUUCUCUCCAGAGUUGCGGCCCUGCAGAGCUCCCUGAAUUCAUGAGGGGAGUCCGUGUGUUUUUCUACAACCUGUCUGCAACAGAGAGGAAGAGGCUGGCCCGCUACCUCAUCACUUAUGAUGGAGAUGAGGAGGAGAUCAUGAGUCCGGACGUCACCCACAUCGUCGCAGAGGUGGAGAACAGCGUCCACACACAGGAGCUCCAGGAUCUGGUGCGUCAGUACACUCAGGCUGUCCCCGUGCAGAAGGACUGGUUGGAGUCCUGCUUCUCCAAACAACGAAAAGUCGACACUGCUCCGUUCCUCCAUCUGCUCAGAUAACACUGUGUUUCACUGUUUUUUUAAUCUCUCUUUUUUUAAACUUUCCUUUUGGGUCGAGCUUGAAUGGACUUGCUUGAAAAUACUUAAAAUGAUAUCAGAGCAAUUUGCACUCAGUGGCUUAUAGUUAGUUUAUUUUUAUUUAUGUGUCAUGCAAAACAUCUGGCCCAAUCUACAUACAUCUUCUGGGAAUAUAUAAAUAAAUAUAAAGAGCAAAAGUAAUGCAGUUAACUUGGGCUGGGCGAUAUGACCAAUGUGUGUGUAUUUACAGGCUGAACGGUGAUACACAAUAUAUAUCUCAGUAUUUUCUACAAAAUGGGCGACAUGUUUUCAGUUGCAAGUCAAAUCCACAUUUGAGAUGUCAAAAGCACUUUUAUGAAAACAGACGUGAUCAAAAUAAAAUGUAAAGACAGGGAUUUUAUUCCCCCUGUUUGAAAAUUAUGAAAAAAAUAAAUAGCAGGGCACUAAACUAUAACAUGAGUAUAAAAGUAUCCAGUAGGCCUAAAUCCAUUGUAGUUUGGAACAAUCAGAAAUCUUUGCGGGCAGAGUUAAAACAUUAUUUUCCAUCUGUUGGGCUUUUAAAUUAAUCUUUUCAUUUUUAUUUUGCACAGAGCAUCAACAGAGAGGCAGAGGGAGGGAAGGAGCGAGAGACACUUUGUCCUCGUUAUAUACGUUCUAUAUAUAAAAUGUCUCUGCUGUCGAUGCAUUUUUUUUUUUUUUUUUUAUUAACACAUCUGUCGCCUGCAUUCAGGCGCUGUCUCCAUAUCACACAUUAGACCACAGCUACCAAGAAGAAGAACAGCAAUGCACUUCGAGCCACCUCAAGCUACUUCUUGCCUUAAGAUAUAUCAAUAUAUCGUACGUAGUCAUUACAUUGCCCAGCCCUACAAUUAACACAUUAUAAAGCAGGGUGAGAAUUAAAAGAGACCUCACAAUAUAUGAUAUUAUCAAGAUACUCCAGUCAUGAUACAGUAUCACUGCAAUUUUUAACAUUUUGAAAUAUGCUGAGUAUUGCAGUAGCAUAUAUUGUGAUUUAUUAUGUUGUUCAACUACGCAUUAUGUCCGCCAAACUUUGUCAGCAACUGUGUUAUCUGAUAAGAUACAAGUUUUCUGUCUGUUCAUUUCACGUCAGUCAUUUUAUCUGCUGCAAAAAUGUUUCUAGAGGACUGAAAAUGCACUUGAUUUUAUUGUACUAGUAGGCGGCUGGAAGUUGCAAUAUUAGUAAUUUAUGUAAUAAAAAAAAUCAAUACUUUG